GUCGCCCUGCGCUGCCCCACGGGGCCGACAGCGGCCCGCGCCGCCCUCAGCCCCUCGCACCCACCCCAUUUGCUGCAGGGCAGCCGCUCUCACCAAUGAGAGGUUAAGUCGUUGCCGCCUAUUGGCAAGAGCGCCGAUGGACAGCUAGGAGGGCCUAUGGGCCCAGAGGGCGGGGCGUCGCCCCCGGAAGCGCGCGGCGCCGGCCCGGUGCCGGCGGGAGGGCGCGAUGGCCGCCACGGCUGGGGGUCGGGAGUCGCUCCGCGCCCUGCUCCGCGCCGCUAACGCCCUCCUGCAGCAGCGGCGCUACCACGCCGCGCUCGCCGUCCUCAAGGGUUUCCGCAACGGUGCCGUUUAUGGAGCAAAAAUUCGUGCCCCGCAUGCCCUGGUGAUGACUUUCCUGUUCAAGAGCGGAAGUUUAAGAGAGAAGUUGACAUCGAUUGCUCAGGCUACGUACGCUCAUUCCCGGAACUUGGCAUGUUUUGUGUUCACCUACAAGGGGCUGAUGGCGUUGCAGUCCCGACUACAGGGGAAAAAAAUUCCAUUUCAUUCUUUCUUUGCAGCCUGCAUUGGAGGUUGGCUAGUGUUCGGUGAGAACAAUCCCAUCAACAGCCAGAUCAUUAUGUACCUGCUGUCUCGUAUCCUGUUCGGCUUGUCUCGUCUGGCAGUGGAAAAAGGCUAUAUCCCACAGCCAAAGCAGGAUCCCUUUCCACUUUUCGCUGCUCUGAUAUGGGGGACGGUUCUCUGGCUCUUCGAAUACCACCGGCAAACUCUGCAGCCUUCUCUGCAGUCCUCCAUGACCUACCUGUAUGACGAUAGUAACGUAUGGCAUGACGUUUCUGACUUUCUCAUUUAUAACAAAAGGACAGACAGCAAGUAGGUGGAUCAUUGUAAAACACCUUUGGAUGGGAUGGUACCUACCAGCAGCUAAGGGAAAAGGUUAUUCCGUUGCUCUUGACUAGUGAUUAUUUUUUUUUAAUUAAUAUCUAUUAGCACAGUUGCUUCUUGUGUCCUGGACAAAAUGUUCUGAUUGGUCUUCUCUUAGCUCUGUUUAGAGCAAGUAAAUGCCCCACAGAAACUUGGUGCAGUCCUCAGUGAGAGUAAAAUGCUUUGGGAAUCUUGAGUUAAAAUAAGCCUUUUUUUAAGAGAGGCCUUAUUUUCCCUGCAAGUAUGUGUUUUUAUUUUUUAAAGAAACUAAAUAUACUUAGGAAAUGACAGUCUGACAGUAAGUGGGGAGGAUAUCUAAUCCUGGGAAAAAAAGUUCUAGGGAUUGAAUGCUCGCAAAAAAAGAAGCGUUUUUCUGGGCUGCUGUGCUCACUGUAGUGCGAUGGGAGUGGGGGACCUGCUCAGGUCUGAAAGCAGGGACAUAACUGCUUGAUUUCUGUGGAUGACUGGAAAUGUUGUUUAAACUAUUUCAAGGACAAUUGUGUGCUCCUUAAGAGAAUUUCUCUGCAGUCUUCCUUCAGACAAUAAGGUGUUUGAGAAUAUAACUGUUAAGAUUGUCUGGUACAAGCCUGUUAAAUCAGGCUCAGAAGGACUAUUUUUGCUCGGUUUCUUUUCGCGCGCUUGGGCUGAACCGGUCCCACUGCAGAGUGCACUAAUUAGUACCCUGUAAUUAUUUUUAACUUGUUUGUAAAGUUUUUAAAAGCUGCUUGAGCUAAAUACCAAAAACAGUUACGCAACUUAGACUCCUUGGAAAACAGGCUGAGGCGCAUUGCACACCCUCGGGUGUCACACUGAGUACUUUAUACCUAGACGCAAGCAACACUUUUAACAAGCACUUUUAUUUUGGUGGAAGAUAAGCACAUGGGUUCCUCUUAGGUCCAGAAUCUACCCUCUACAACAGUGGCAUGUAUUAGCUGGAAUCAAGCCCGAGUGCACCUGUAGUUUGUGCAGGCUUGUUGCUGAGCCAGGUUGAGGCCAUGGAUGAAUAUACAAGUGAAUCUUCCUCUUAAAAAUAUACUGAUAAGCCCCAGGAAUAGCACAGCACACACUGGGCCUUAACAGCAGAUUGACUGGAUAGCUGAGAGGAAAAUAAAAACUGCUUUCAAAUUAAUAAAAAUUAAACUGUUAAUAGUACAAACCACUUACACUGCCGUAUAACACUAUACCAUUCACUUAAUGACGUACAUGAAAAUAAUUCUCGACACACUGGGUUUACACAGUGAUAUUGCAGGAGAGUCAUUAAGUACCCUGUGCUAACCGUCUCCUUUUGUCUUGAUCAGGACUAUUUUAUUUGCUCCUUUUAUACCUCUCAUUUAAAAAAAGGUUAGUUCUCCCUGUACCCAUCUGCUUUUCCGUCCUGACCUGACCCUGUCAUUUCACAAUCCCAUUGAUGCUGUUCUUCGUCUUUUGCAGUCUCUUUGCGCUCCAGGCUCUAGCAGUUUGUCUAUUUAAUGGUCUGACCGAAACAGUACAUUUAAGUCCAGGUAGCUUCUGAGUAGGAAAAAAAUAUUCUCGAUUUCUUCUUAAGUCGUUUCUCCUUGUCUUCCUAAGCUCUUUUAUGACUGUUAUGCAUCUUCUGCGUGCUGCUUUGCUCUUUAUUGUUCUGCUCUCUGUGUCAGCAAGAGAGUUAAAUGUUCCCCUCUCCACAGUCUGUCUAGCGCUGUGAUGUUUGGGACUGAAGCACAUCCUGAGCGUCUCAGGUCAAGUAGGGGUAGUCUUCUGGCUCUUGAACAGAAUCUAAUGCUGAGUCUAACAACAUUCACUGGGAGAUCUUAAAGCACAGAGGUGGAAGCUUCUUUGUGCUCAUCCCAUGCAAAUCCAUGGCGUGCUCAUCUCUGGUGCCCAGAAGGCAAGAUACUGUGUUGCCAUAACUGCCCAUGGUACCUUCAGCUUUCAACAUCGCCUGCUGUUACACUCCGUACUGGAUACUUCAGUUUGAACACCAGCUGGUAUUUAACCAGAGAGACCCCAGGAAAGCUAUAGAAGUUAGGAAUUGGUUUUGUUUCUUUGUAGUUAAAUAUUUUGUUUGGUGUAGAUAAGCUUAAAGAUUCAAAUACAGAAAAAAAUACUGAAGCUACAGGUGAGGUCUGAUUUCUUUAUAAACAUUUGUGUCUUUAUUUGCACCUCUGCUGAAUAUCUGAAGCAGCGUGAGUGCAGCACUCUGUUUUUAUGUCAGAAGCCUCAAUGUUGUUCCAAAUACAAAUGUUAAUAUUCUGCUAAUAUUGCUGAAUUCCUACAAGCUUUGAUGCGUUUUAGGAAAACCCUUCCAGAAUCUGACAGCCGUGGCUUGAGAACUUCUCCCUAGAACUAGUAGACUUGCAAAUCCUUGACUGGGUAUAAUUAUUGUAGCAAAAGAUGGUGCAGGCUGGUUACAUGAGCCGUGUGUCUAUAAGAAAUUUUUAACCUUUUUAAUUUAUAGAUGGCAUUCCUUUCUCUGAGAAAAGCUUGCGAUUCCCUUAGAGGCAAAAUCAUUUUCUUCUGUUAGUUCUGCCACUGCAACCACAUGGCUGCUUGUGAAGCGCUCCCCUGGCCAUGGGAAGGAUAAGUGACCUGUCCCGUCCUUUUUAUGCUACUGUAGUAUCUCUGUCCUCUCUCAGCAGCAAAAACAAGCCAACAGCGAGUUUCUAGUAUCAACCUGGCAGCAGUGGCCUUGGUUCAAAACGACCUUUUUCUCUUAGGAAUCUAUCACCAACCUCACUUUCAAAGCAAAUUGUGCCUGAGCCUCAAACCAUCUGUACUUCUGAUCCAGGAACCAGCUGCUGUCCCUGGAAGACAAACUGCAGCUCAUCCCAGGAGCGGGUCCUGUAGAGCAGUAGCCAUUAGCCGGUCAUUUGCGGACGGUUGGUUUUCCUGCUGCGCUGGGGCAGGAUGUUAAGCUGCAAGUCACUUCUUUCCCCAGGGAAGUAAUUGGAACGGUCCUUUAACGGCGUUAGUCUGCAUUGCCGUUUCUGUGACCAGAUAGCUGGGGAUGAACCCCGUAUGCUACUGAGGUGUCGGAACAAUGCGGGCGUGUAGUAAGGAAGUGAACUAGAAGUAAUUUGUCUGAGUCAGACUUUUUGGAUACAUAAGUUACGCUCCCUGCCCUCCCCCAGUGCAUUGUGUGGGGAAUUGAGUCCCCUGUUUGUGUUCCUUUUUUAUUAGCAUUAAAACCAAAAGAAAUAAAGAGACAGUUGGGAAGCCACCUGCGAAUCAGCCAAAUGCUUAAGAAUCACAAAGAAGUGCCAUUUUCUACCCCCAGCCCCGAUCGGCUUUGAAUUUUAAGAUGAACAUGGUUGUGUUUGUCUGCAUCAACUUUAUUUUACCUUCUUAUUUCUUCCUCGGCACCUGACUGUGAGAUACUGAGUGCCUCUAAAGAGGAGCAGAGUGACUCAACACUUAGCUCAGUUUGUCAAAAAUUAGGAUCUCUGGGUAAAAUUGGAAGAGCUGAUUUUAAAAUUAUGCUUCUCCUUCAGAUUGUAAGCCUCUUUUAGAGGCAGUUUUAAAGGUUAAUGAAUCAAACUGAUCAAAAGUUUUCAGCAAGCCUUGAAUAGCAGACUGACUAUACUGGGCUAUUAAUCAUUUAUUUUAUGAAGGAACAAAGCAAGCUCAGGGUUAUUUACUGCCGCUGCAUGCUGCCCUAGCAUACCUGCUGUGCUUCACUUCUCUUUGGAGGACAGCUUGUAUGCUAGUGCUGGCUGUCAGGAUUGCUGAAGAGCUGUUUCCGGGACAAUUACAUUAUUUAACAAAGGUGAAAAUUAAAUGGGUGCAUGACAUUUGGUUUAGGUGUGUACUGUGUUUGAUCCUUUCAGUUAAGGGGAGAAUAUUUCUGAAAGAAAAAACUUGUGCUUGUCCAAUUAGUGCCGCAGAGACGCGCUGACAGAGGCUGCGGCUGCCGUAAGGUGCGAACCUGUGUUCGCAGCGUGGCGGCGUGCUUUGUCCUGGUCACCGUCCCUGCAUCUGGGCAGUAACCUCCCCCACUCCGGACACCUGCCUCAGGAGGGAGAGGCUGCAGAAGAGCUUCGAUACUGGUGUUUUGAGACUUUCUUGCCCUGGUAGAGUAGUUCAAGCUCUGCUUUAAACCAAGCUGGGUUAGGGGUAGAAGUGCGGGGAUGAUCUUUGCCUGCUGAAGUAGACCAAACCCCAGGUGUCCAUGGGGAACCCCUGGGACUGCAAAGGGUACCCUGCACACGGUAAGCUCUGCAGCCAGUUGGGAGCCAUCGUGGGUGGCUGGUGCUAGUGGAGUAACCAGAACCCCAUACAGAUACCCUCACAGAGGAGAAAGUGCUGUGACUUGAACUCAUUUUCACCGCAUCAGCACAAAUAUGACCUUUGGAUAAUACCCCGAGCCGCAUGCUGUCUCCUAUUUGUCAGGUUGUGUUAGUCUUCCUGGAUCGUGCUAACUUGAGCAGAAUGUGUUCACUUUUCUGAUGCUGGUUUUGAAAUCCAGCAGAUAAGGGAGGAGAGAAAAUAAGGCGUAAUGCUAUCCAGUGUAAUGUCUGUCUGCUGCUGUUAAUAUUUUAAGGGUGCUAAUCUUGACUUUUCAACCUGUGUGUUCAUACCAGAUUGUUGGAGGAGGUAACUUUUUUUUCUUUACUUAGAAGAAUUUUCGUCUGUCUCAUUUCCUAAUGAGACUGGUGGUGAGGAGCAGGAAAGCCAAAUUAAAUGCUCUGUAAUAUAAGUAAUAUUACCUCUGCUUUUGGUAUAUAUUUUGUGUUCAUAAUUGCUGUGUAAUCCAGGCCCAGAUUUUCUGACAGUGUAGAAUAAAGUUAAGAACAUAAACUCAGGUAACUUGUAAUUACACUGAUAAGAAAACUUGUAGGAAUAUCUCUGGGUUUGGUUUUCAAGCGUGUGACAGAGGGUGCAGUGAGUGGGUUGUUGAAGUAGCUCUGUCCGCUAUGAAUUGACUUCUUGUGUAGCUGGUGUAGUAGUACAUGAGUCCAAGACUUUCUGCCAAACUCAUUUGCAGAUCAUUUCUUUAUAAUCACUCUUCAAAUAUUGGAAUACUGUGCUUUCUAUAAUAAUAAAAAAAACCUAAUUUUUUGUCUUU